AUGGCUAAUUAUACAAUUGAAUCAUUUAAAAAUAAAGAAUUUAUAUCUUAUGAUGAAUUGGAUUCAUUCAUGGCAAGAUACGAGCAAGAUGAAAAACAAAAACUAAUUAAGCGUAAUCGAAUUGCAUUAACAGAAUAUGAUGAGGCUGACGCAGAAGCGCGAGCUAGUUUACAAUACAAAACUAUCAGAUACGUGUGUAAAUUUGGUAAAGAUAAUCAUGAACGACAAUCUACUGGAGUUCGUAAAACUAGUUCCUUUAAACAUGGCUGCCCUUUUUUCAUUCAAGUAAAUAAACCAAAAAAAAAACAAAUCCUUCAUGUCACCACGCACCAUCUAGAACAUAAUCAUCCAGGAACUGAGGAAUUUAUUGAUCAUAUACCGGAAAAUCGGAGACUAAAUAAUGACGAAAAAAAAACAGUUCUAGAUUUAAUUAAAAUGAAAUGCGACAAACAAUCUAUACAAAAAAAGAUAGUGGAAGAAUACGGCAAACCGACAAUUAAGAAAGAUUUACAUAAUUUGGCCCAAAAAUUAUGUCAUGCUGAUGAUGAUACUUUGGCUGCUGCCAAAAAUUUAUUGGAGAAUCAAUAUCAUGCACGAGUGGAAUUGGCUGUUGAUGAUAUUAAUCAGUUCCGAGGUUUAUAUUUUUCCACAGCUGAGAUGCGUCAAGAUAUGGCUAAAUAUCAUGACAUUGUUUUUAUCGAUGGAACCUAUAAUCUCUUCAAAAGAGGUUACACCUUAAUGCUGAUUGUUGUUGAAGACUCUUAUCUCGAGACCAAAGUUGUCGGAGUUGGUAUACUUGCUAAUGAACAACGGGAUACAUUAACCUGGUUCUUGCAAUGUUUUAAAAAUGAUAACAUUGAAGCUAGUUCACUUAUAAAAUGUUUUAUGACUGAUAAGGAUCUCACGGAACGGCGCGUAAUUUCAGAUUUAUUUCCUGGAAUACCGACAUUGUUAUGUUUAUUUCACACUUUACGUACGUUCGGGCGUAAAGUCACAGUUCAAGAAAUGGAAAUUUCUGCCUCUGAACGUAUAACAUCUUUGAACUUUCUUGAGAAACUGGCUAAAAGUUCAAGUGCGGAAAACUACGAUAAAAUUUAUGAAGAAUUUAAAAAAGCAGUACCACUUCAAGUACUUGAAUAUUUUAAUCAGAAUUGGCAUCCGAUUCGAGCAGAGUGGACGGCAUACAGUAUGAAGUAUGGGAAUUUAGGUAACACUACAAACAACAGACUUGAAUCAUUAAAUUCUAAAAUAAAAAAUAAAUUACUACGUCACAAAUCAUUGGUUAACUUUAUAAAUAAUUUUUUUGAACUGAUUCUUUCUCGUCAACAUGAAUCGAAUCAUAAAAGAGCAAACGAGUUCUUAAAGAUAAAUACUUCAAAAAGUUUUUUAACAGUUGAUGAAGAGAAUAAAUUUAGGAGUUAUUUAUCCGAACCCGUGUUUGAAAAAGUUUUGAAUGAAAUUCAAAAAUAUUCAUCGAUAGAAUGGAUAAAAAUCGAUUCUCAAACAAAGGAAUAUUCGUUUUUAUUUGAAAAUAAUGAAAUCAACGUUAACCAAUAUCAAUGUGAAUGCUUAUUUAGGACUUCAAUGAUGUUACCCUGCAGACACAUUAUUGCUGUACGCAAAUUGGACGGUUUGGAACUAUUUGAUUUAUCCUUAAUUGAUAAAAGGUGGACUGACGGUGUUGUAACUAAAAUAAAUAAUGUAUCUCAUCAUGAAAGUACUCCAACAAAACAAAAUAGUACUCAUAAUUCCAUUUCGAGAAUUGUAACUCCCAAGAAAUUAUCAGUAUCACAAAAGCAAUCAAAGCUGAAAGAUAUAGCGAAUGACAUUGUAUACAGCGCAAGUAAAUCAACCCCAAGAAUGUAUGAACAUACAUUAAAAGUUCUACAAAACCUCCAAAUUGAUGUGCGACAAAAUACCUGCUCUGCUAUUUAUGAUCGUGACCACGAGGUAUCUGAUCUUGCUGAUUGUUACUCUCAAGAAUCGGAUGUAGAUCCAUCUCACUUGACCUCAAAAGCAUCUACAUUGCAAUCAAAUGCUGACAUUUCUUUAACUAGUAUUAAUCUGCCUUCGCCUAUAAAGAUAAUAGGACGUCAAAGUAUUCGUUCUAAUAAUAUUAUAAUAAAAAAAAAAAAGUAAUUGUAUUAACUAUAUAUAUGUUUAUCAUUGAUAACAUUCAUUUAAUCAUAAAAAAGAA